AUGUCUGACAACCAACAAAACAAGAAGAGAAGCAAAGAAGGUUGUGGAACUGUUGUUGCUGUUCAGAAUGCAGAUAAGAUAAUGAAAGAAAUGCAUGGGUCAUACAAAGCUCUACAAAAAAAUAGAUACAUAGCACCAACAUCCAGACUGUGGCCAGAUCAAGAAGUGGCAUGUUCCCCAAGCAAAAAUCAGUCAGCAUUACAGAGGAGACAUCACAUUCCUUUACCCUUCUUCCUGAAGACAGAGAAUGUGAGCUGUGGCUUUGACUUCAGCUUUCUGCUGCAGACCUCAUGCCCAGAAUCCAGCAUUUCAAAAUCACUUACGGAUAUCAGUGCUUUUGAGAUCAUAAAAGCACAAAUACAACAAAGCUUCAAUCUAACAAUGGUAAAAACCAGGAGCAAGAAAUCUGAGUUUCAUUUGCCACCAGUGACAUUUCAGCCUCUGAGAACAAUUCAUCUUGCUCCUUUGGAGGAUAAUAUAGUCAGUGAAAGCACCAACAUCAGAAAUAUGUUUAAUAUUAUGAACUCUGCUCCUCAGCCUGUAAAACCAGUUACUAAAUUGUAUGAGUAUCAGUUAGACAAUCUGUUGAAAAGGCACACUGAAAAGUCAACAGACCUGAUUGUGGCUACUAUUUCUGAGAAGUUCACUCCAGUGAAAGACCUGUAUUACUUCAGCAUGAGUAGCUGUUACAUGCACCCUAGCAACAAGAAAGAAGAAGUUCAAAGCAAGUUAAAAUGGAGGGAAGCUGAGGUAGCUACCAACACUGAAAAGAAUGACCAGAUGAAGUUUUCAGUGGCUUUUAAGAACAUAGGUCUUAGGACCCAAGCCAGUUUCUAUGAUGGUAAUCACACCUACUUCAGCUCGAGUAAUGCUCUUAUGAACUGUGGAAUAUUUCCAGCUCAGACAACAUUUACAGUGUCAAGCAACAGCAAUGCCUCAAGAGCUGGCAAUAAGGAAAGAGCAGGGAAUUGCUGUAGAACUGGUCUAGAAGAAGGAAAUGCUUCAGAGAUGAUACUGGAUUACAGACCACAGGAAAAUGCUGAGAGUACAGACUUUGUGCUUAACAAUCCUGAUUUAGAGCCUUUCUUUAAAAAUGAAGUGAUAGACCCCUGCAAUUCCUUAGGAGAUCAUUCUGUAGCUGCAGUAAUUCACAGAGUACAAGAUCCUUCUGGAAAACAGACAGAAAAUAAUGUUUGUCUCUCUGAAAAGGGAAAAGAAGCAAUGUCAGAAGGAACUUCAAAAGACCCAAAUGAGCUUGUACCUGUUGUUCAUGUUCCAUUCUCUGAACAGGAACCAGCUAGGCAACCACACAUUGCUAAACAACCUGCCACAAAAAAGAGUGUCACUUGUAGCUUGCCUCCUUAUGUUGCUCAGAGCUUCAACAUUCUUGCUCACAAAGAAAAUGAAAAAAGUAAAAUAAAGAAUAGAAAUAAAUAUUCAUCAAAAUCUAAAAUGAGUAGCAAGAUAAAGGUAUCUGAAGAGUUAAUUGUUUCUGAUGAGGUUGCCUCAAGGUGUGAUGCCAAAAGUCGGAUUUUUCCAUCUUUGGAACUGCCACAUGUGGUAUCUGAGACUUCCCUGAAGCACCAAAAAAAACCCCCUCAAGCAAACAAACACCAUUUUGCUCAGAGUGCUCAGAAACUUCAAAAACAAAGUUUCUCCUGCAGUUGCAAAAGUUCAGUUAUCUUAAGGAAACCUGCUACUCUGCUUUCUCUGCCACAUGCACAGUCUGCUUCAGAUGUUGUAGAUCUGAAAUACAGCGACAUGUUCGAGAAAAUAAAUUCAAAUGAUGAAGGCCCAGGCAUUUAUGAAAUGUUUGGAACUCCUGUCUAUUCCCACAUGCGUGAGCUUGAUCGACACGAGAGCAGAUUUUAUAGAGAUGUUUGUUCUGCUCCAUCUGGGAGAUGCAGUUCUAGGGCCUGCAGAUCUACCUAUAGCAAAGGGAGAGAGAGCAGCCGAGUAAGAAGUACUCAAAAGAGAACAACACAUUCUAAGCCAAAGAAGACUAUACCUGGCACUAAACAAAAGCAGAAAGGUUUAAUUACAAAGGACAGAAGUACCAAGUUAAGUGAUGGCAACACAGAGCAAGAUCAUGUAAUAACUUCUGAUUCAGGCUUCCAGAUAAACACUUCACGGAGCAUGACAUCGUUUCACGAACAGACAGAUCGCCAACUCAUGUUUUUAGAAGCACUUUCACAAUCAACUGAGCAAAAUAAUUUUUUUUCAAAUUUCAACUUACCAACUAUUAAAGAAUUUUCUUUGGAGCAGUCUUUAGACAGUCAGGAUAUGGCCAGCAAUCAGAGAGCUGCUGCCUGUAGCCGGAGUCUUCUUCAUUUUGGUGAUGAAGAGUAUACAGAAUGCAUUGAUCUAAGUAGCAGUCUACUAACAACAGACCAGAACACUUGUGUACCUCUCUGCAGGGUGGAUGAGCUUGGCUGCAAAGGCUUGGAAUCAGACCAGACCUCCUUCCAGUCUCUACAUAAACAUCAAGCAUUGCCCUUUUCAGACAGACUGGAGUGUCAAACCCCUACAAAACAAUUAAAUCACAGUUGGGCACACACACCCCUGAACAGCAGUUUGGAGUUGACACAGCCUUCAGUGAUUCAAACAAUAAAUGUUACAAGCCCCAGUUUCCAGACAAGUCAACACAUUUUGUCCUGGGCAGAUAAUAAGGAUGUGACCGAUGAGUUGCUUUGUUGUCUGGCUGAAGAGUUGCUAAUGCUUGAAGAAAAAGACGUCAACUCUUCACCAAUAAAAAAUACAGGUUCUAAAAUGCAGAAUACCCAUACUAAAGAAGAAAAUACAAUUAAUGGAGAUGGAGCAGUAGUAAAUAGUGCUCUAGAGAAGAGUAACAGUAAAGCCUUUUUGGCAUCAAAUGAAGAAAGUGACCUGCAAAACUUUGAGGAAUCGACUAAAUUACCAGGAAGCUGUUUAGCUAACAAAGAUCCUAUCAUGUGGACAAGAGGUGAAGUCCUUGGAAAAGGAGCCCAUGGCACGGUGUACUGCGGUCUGACGAGCCAGGGGCAAUUAAUAGCUGUAAAACAGGUUGUUUUGGAUACAUCAGAUCAACUCACUACAGAAAAGGAGUAUCAGAAGUUUCACGAGGAAGUUGAUCUUUUGAAGACGUUGAAGCAUGACAACAUUGUAACUUACUUAGGAACUUGUCUGGAAGACAACAUUUUAAGCAUCUUCAUGGAGUUUGUUCCUGGUGGCUCCAUUUCCAGUAUUAUUAAUCGUUUUGGUCCAUUGCCAGAGGCUGUCCUUUGUAAAUACACAAAACAAAUUCUACAAGGGGUUGCAUAUUUGCAUGACAAUUGUGUGGUACAUAGAGAUAUCAAAGGCAAUAACGUUAUGCUGAUGCCAAAUGGUGUAGUCAAGCUAAUUGACUUUGGCUGUGCCAGGCGUCUGGCUUGGGUCAGCCUCAGUGGCACCCAGAGCGAGAUGCUCAAGUCUAUGCAUGGGACUCCCUACUGGAUGGCACCAGAAGUUAUAAAUGAAUCUGGAUAUGGAAGAAAAUCAGACAUCUGGAGCAUUGGCUGCACCGUAUUUGAGAUGGCAACAGGAAAACCACCACUGGCUUCCAUGGAUAGGAUAGCAGCCAUGUUCUAUAUUGGAGCCCACAGAGGACUGAUGCCUUCCCUGCCUGAUCAGUUCUCUAGCACUGCUGUGGAUUUUGUGCACGCCUGCUUAACCAGAGAUCAACACGAACGCCCUUCUGCUCUGCACUUGCUGGACCAUCCCUUUGUGAAAGGAAGACAGUGA